UUGCUGUCAGUGACUCGCCUCCUGGGUUCUGUUGACUUGACCUAUGGACUUCAGUGAAGGUCCAAGAGUUUCCAGUCUUUCUGCUGCUGAGGAGAGGAAGAGACAGAGCUGCCACAAUGGAUCUUUUGGGGACCAGCACCGUCUUCUUGGUGCUCUGCUUGGUCCUCCUUUUGGCCUGGAGGAAAGUGGAGGCCAAGAGGAGAAACUUUCCUCCUGGUCCAAUGCCUCUCCCCUUCAUUGGGAACCUCUUGCAGCUGACAGGGAAAAAUAUUUCAGCGCAACUGAGAAAGCUGAGCGAAAUAUAUGGGUCAGUCUUCACGGUGUAUUUCGGCUCCGAGCGGACAGUGGUCAUCUAUGGCUACAGUGCGGUCAAGAAGGUCCUUGUGGACAAUGGAGAUGAUUUCCUCAACCGAGGCAGCUUUCCAUCAGCAGAGAAGACCAACAAAGGAUUUGGUGUCGGCAUGUCCAAUGGCGAGCGCUGGGUCCAGAUCCGGCGCUUCUCCCUCAUGACCAUGAGGAACUUUGGGAUGGGGAAGAAAGGCAUUGAGGAACGGAUUCAAGAAGAGGCAGAGUACCUGGUGAAGGAGCUCAGGGACAGAAAAGGCCAGCCCUUCAACCCAGCCACCCUUUUCAGCGGUGCUACGGGGAACGUGAUCAGCCACAUUCUCUUUGGAGAGCGGUUUGACUACCAGGACAAGGACUUUGUCCGGAUCCUCCGCCUGCUCACAGAUAGCUUACGGCUGGAGAGCUCCAUUGCCGGACAGCUCUACAACAUCAUCCCAGGGAUCAUGGACUAUUUGCCUGGCGCUCACCAACAGCUUUUCAAAGAUAUGUUGUCAGCCAAGGAGUUCAUAGCCCAGAAGAUCAAGGACCACAAGAACACCUUUGACCCUUUGAAUACCCCCCGGGACUUCAUAGAUGCCUUCCUCCUCAAAAUGGAGCAGGAGAAGACCAACCCCACGACCGAAUUUACUAAGGACAAUCUGAUCAUGACCGUCCUCGAUUUAUACUUUGCUGGGACAGAAACCUCCAGUACCACCCUGAGAUACAUCUGCAUGCUUCUGCUUGAACACCCAGCAGUGGAAGCAAAGAUCCAUGAGGAAAUCGACCGGGUGAUCGGCCGGGAACGUCCCCCUGCCAUGAAGGACCGUCCUGGGAUGCCCUACACAGAAGCUGUCAUCCAUGAAGCCCAGAGGUAUCUUGACCUGCUCCCCUUUGGGAUCCUCCGCAUGGCAAAGAGGGACUUGGAACUGGAAGGCUUCACCAUCCCAAAGGGAGCUUCUAUUUUCCCAAUGCUGACCUCUGUUCUCCACGACGAAAAGCAAUUUAAAAGUCCAUUUCGUUUUGACCCGGGACAUUUCUUGGAUGAAAAGGGAGAUUUCAAGAAGAAUGGAGCCGACGUCCCUUUCUCUGCAGGGAAGAGGAACUGCCUUGGCGAAGGACUGGCGCGGAUGGAGCUCUUCCUAUACCUCACCACCAUCCUGCAGAGCUUCCACAUCAAGUACCCCCCCGGGAGUCACCAAAAUCGACCUCACGCCAGGCUGACUCCAAGAGAUUCUUCUUUCCUGAGUCCAGGGGCAUUGGCAGAUGGUGGCUCCCAUGGCAGAGGCACCAUGAACCCACUCUGGGCUCCACAGCGGUUUCCAAUGGGCUGGAUCCUAUUCCUAACUAGGUCCAACACCUUGGAUAGGUCCUUUGUGUUGGGAAUUAAGGUUUCCCAGGGUGCCAUGAAAGCUAGAACUGAUAGGAAUCAGCUUUCUUCAGCAGAGUAGCAGGAAUUGUGCCCCAGUCGGACGGUGCUUCCACUGAGAACCAAAACCUUCUCAAAAUCAGCAAGAUUGGCUGUUUCCGGUUGCAGACUUCGGAAAGUUUACUAAUGGUUUUGCGUUUACAUUUGCACAGGGGAGCCUUCUUCCUAACUAGCCAAUGAAUGGUUUUUAGAUGGAUUUAAAGGUUCUAUGUUUUUAUUGUCAUCUUUUUAAAAAAGCUUUUUACCUGUGAUCUGCCUUGGGUUCCUUCUGGGGGAAAGACGGAAUACAAAUGAAAGAAAUAAAAAAGAUAAAUAAGGUUGAAAAA